UAUGCCGAUGUACUGGCAUGUACUAUGUAGCUACUGGCAUGUAGUAAACGCGAGUCAGCUGCCGAGUUACGUCAUUUCCACUACCCGAUAAGGAAGAUAGGCCGUGCUCCAGACAUCCAGGGGUCCAGAUUGGUCAUCACCUGGACAAUCAGGUGCUCCUGUUCCUGUCACUGUCCCUAUUAGCUCCCGAGGUUCCUUCUACUUGUAGCACAACAAGCUAUCAUCAUCAGCGUUCAUCUCAUCUUGCAACUCUUUCGCGAAAUAGUCAUCGAUUCAUCACUCUACUUGUCCUAUUCCGGUUAUUUUACGCCAACAUAGGUUUGCAAUCAUGAAGGCCUCUCUUCUCGCACUCGUUCUGCCUGCGGCAGUGAGUGCUCGUUUCAUCGAAGCAAAUGAGGCCAAUCGUGUCCUCCCCUAUAUGGACGCGCUCCUGGACGAGGCCAACACUCCCGAACAAUAUCUCAUCGAGUUGUCUCCUGGCGAGACGACAUGGGUGACUGAAGAGGAGAAGUGGGAGCUUCGCCGCAACGGAAGACAGUUCAUGGACAUCACUGAACAUCGCGAGCUUGGCGCAUUGCGGAUCACCUCCAAGUCCACCCCCAUCUUUCCCGAAAAGGUGCAACUUCAAUCGGAGAUUCACCCGAUGCUUAAGAACCUCUCCAAGGACUUAAUGAAAGAGCACCUCGAGAAGUUCACGAGCUUCCACACGCGUUACUACAAGUCGGACUACGGUCGCCAGUCUUCCGAGUGGCUCCUGAAGACGGUCCAAGAUACUAUUAAGGAGGCCGGCGCUGACAAGCAUGGAGUCAAGGCCGAGCACUUCAAGCAUUCGUGGGGCCAGAACUCUGUUAUCGCCACGAUCCCCGGGCAGUCGAAGUCGACCGUUGUUAUCGGCGCCCACCAAGACUCGAUCAACCUAUGGUUGCCCUCUGUCCUACCUGCCCCUGGUGCUGAUGACGAUGGAAGUGGCACCGUCACCAUCCUCGAGGCUUUCCGCAUCCUCCUUUCUUCGGAACAAGUCGUCCAGGGCAACGCCUCGAACACAAUCGAGUUCCACUGGUACAGCGCUGAGGAGGGUGGUCUUCUCGGAAGUCAGGCCAUCUUCUCUGAGUACGAAAAGCAAGGCCGCGAUGUUAAGGCUAUGCUGCAACAGGACAUGACGGGUUAUGUCCAAGGAACCCUCGAUGCCGGAAAGCCCGAGAGUGUCGGUGUGAUCACGGACUUUGUCGACCCCAGCUUGACUUCUUUCAUCAAGAAGGUCAUCGAGGAGUACUGCGAGAUCCCCUGGGUCGAGACCAAGUGUGGCUACGCCUGCUCCGACCACGCUUCUGCCUCUAAGGCUGGCUAUCCCUCGGCCUUUGUGAUCGAGUCGACCUUCGGCGACUCAGACCAGCACAUCCACAACACUGAUGACUUGAUCAAGUACCUCUCCUUUGACCAUAUGCUUCAGCAUGCGCGCAUGACUCUGGCUCUCGUGUACGAGUUGGGAUUUACCGAGUUUGAGAAGCUGAAGAACGCGUAUAGAGAGGAAGAGCUAUAGAUGAGCCAUGUUUCUCCGUCUAUUGUAUUCCCCCACAUAACAUGGAGUAUAUCGUUGUUACCUAUGUAGGUAUACAGCGUUUUGUUUUUUUUUUUUUUUUUUGGAGUUUUGAAGCAUAUAUGUAUAGUUGGACAUUCUUGGGAUGAUACUAGAUUGACUUGCUGAGUUUGGAUAACGAAUUCUUAACUUGCCUAUAUAGGUGCUAGAAUAGAGAUUAAUUCCAUAUUUAGUUUCUGUUUA